AUGGCCGACAUCACAAGUACCGCAAGUGACUACAAGGGCAUCGUCGGCCCCCUCCGCAAUCGCUGCGCACACUGCCUCUCUACUGGCCCAAAACUCCUUCGAUGCACUGGCUGCCUUGCCGUCCACUACUGCAGCCGUGAACACCAGGCUGCUCACUGGCCGCUGCAUAAAUCUACCUGUAUCAAGAUCAAGAAAGCGCGAACGAAGCUUGCCAAAGAAGAUGUUAAAGUCCGCAACGCCACGGAGGACUUCGUUACUCCUGCCAACGCCUUUGAAACGCAUGUCGGCCAUUUCUGGGGAGUCUUGAGCACACGCGACUAUAUGCGCGCACGGAUAGCGCUGGUCAUGAAGCUUCUUAUUCCGGGGACGUUGGGAAGCGUCAGCGAGGCCCUCGAGCACAUGCGCGAUAUGCUUCGACUGUGCCGCCGUGACAACAUGGGGCUGCGGGAGAUGGUACCGGCUGUGAUGCUACGGCUGGAUCUCGACCAGGAGUGCUAUGAUUUUGUGAAGUGGUGGGCCACGUGUGAUCCAGACGGCACCUACGACUGGGGCGAUAUGACCCUGCCGUAUCUCAACCUUCACGGUGCCGACGUCUUUGAGGAUCUAGGGUUUCUUCUCGGCGACUAUCCCGACUUGAAUCAUCUUGUUGCUAUUCUACUGCUCAAGAUGAAGCUCCUCGUCGACAUUCACAACCUAAAGAUCGCCCGCAGGAUCCUAUCUCGAAGCCACCUCCCUUUUGAGCUGCGGGAUAAGAUAGAGCUAGCCGUGGUACGGAGUCCCCUAUCCACGAAGCUCCAGAAAGAAGCCACUGAAUCUCUUUCCCAAACUGAAUCAACUCUCUUGAACCAUAUCCGUCGGCUUGGCGCUGCCAUAGUCGAGGCUAACGGCAAUUUCAUGUUCAAUCUCUUCGACCCUGACGAAGCACUCUGCUGCUGGCCAGAGGCAUACUCAACCGGUUCCUGGGAAGAAAUGGCCGUCGCCUUAAAGAAUUCAUAUGCUGUCUGGUGGGAGACUGAAGGUGUUUUGAGCCUCCUGAACGAUGCGCGCGCGUGCGCAGCGCGAGAUUCGGAGGAUGAGAUCAAGGACAUGAUUGAGGGCGAGAAGUUCAAGUCGGGGCCAGGCUCGUAUCCUUCAGCCAAGGAGCUGUUGGAGGAUGUGAGCGUGAACCGCAUCUGGGGUUACUUGGACUAUGCAGCUGAGAAUGCCUCCUACUUAGGGCCUUGGUCUGAGCGGCCUUCUGAGCAGCAUACGAGGGCAAACAAGGAAAGUUGGGCGAGAGCUGAGGAAGAGGAUGCGGAAUUUGACGACUUGCUUGAUGACGAUGCAUGGAGCGACGAAGAAAAUUAG